GGUUUCCUUCUGUUUCUUUUUUCUUUUUUUUCUCAACUUCAAAUUUUAAAGGAAAGGGUUUAAAGUGAUUACACUCUACAUCAAAAGAUGCAUCAAGACGAUACAAGCGUAGCUGAAGGAAAUUCAGUAGAUGAUAUUCCAGAAGCUCCAGAACCUACGACAGAACUCUCCCAUCCCAAACAUGGAACCAAGAACUUUUCACGAGCAAACCCUUCCGAUACUACUCAUUCCCCGUCAAAGGCCAAUCGCAUAUCCAAACAUGCAACAUUUCUCAAUACACCUAACGAUUACAUUACUCCCAUCAUUCACACUCAAACCCCCCAGUUUCUCACGAACAAUCCUGAAGAAUCUUCACCAAAUACCACUUCCGAGAGUUUAGAAACGAGCGAUACUACAGAUAACUCAGAAGACACUUUAGAAGAAACUCCCCACCAUCUUACCAUCUACACCAGCUAUGACAGCACACACAAACUCUUCCUCAAAAGCACAAUCGACUGGAACGGCCUCGCCCAAGCCCACUACACCCCAGAAAUCGAAACCAUCACCACAUUUCUCGACCACAACGAACACUAUCCCCAUCUCUACCCUUCUGAACCCCUCCUCCCCAACACCACCGAAUCCCACUCCUCCACCCUCCAAACCUUCUUCAACAGCCUCGAAAAAUCCUUCCCCAACUCCGACUUCCCCACCCUGCAAAAAGCCAUCGACGUCCUCGCGCUGGAACAAGGAAAGACAGCCACAAAUGGCGCUCCGUCUUUUGUUUUGCUCUAUGCCCUUCGAGCGCAAAUAUGGUAUUCAGGGGUGACGAUGAGGGAUGCGUGGGUGAAGUUUCAGGAUCACGGGUUUGCGAUUUGUUUUAGGGGGUUUGAGGGGUUGGUGAGGGAGGCGGGGAGGUUUAGAGAGGGAGGGGCGGAGAGGUUUGGGUUGUUGCUUGGGGAGGAGGUGGGGGGUGGGUGGAGAGGGAGGGAGAGCGGGGUGCGGAAUUAGACUCCUCUUCCUCUUCCUCUCCCUCUUCCCUAAUUACCGAAAUCUUCGCAACAGUGCUGCCGCAUAUCUAUUUCGAGGCCUACGGAUGGAAUCAAGCCUGUGCGAUGUUCAAUGCGCAUCUGGGUGUGCAGAUUGGCCAGUGCAGGUUCAGGAAGUGGAUUGUGCCGGUCGUGGCCGAGAGAUUAAGAUUACUGGAUCAGAGACACACGGCGAGGAUCAGGAGGAUACUGAAGAAGCAGGCGCUAAGGACGGGAGUGCGGAUCACGCCGAAGAGUUUUUGUGGGGUGUUUAAUGAGAUGACGGGGUUCAAGGUUGAGGAACUGGUUCUAAGGGAUGUGCAGAAUUGGUUGGUAAGCAUGGGGAGGAAGGAUGGGAAUGCUUGAGGUUUGGAGCGGGAGGGUGAAAAUCAAUUCGCUAGUAGAGAGUUAAUCAUGCAGUCGUUGAUCUUCUUCGCGGAUCUUCAAGAUCGCUUCGCACAAAUCGCAUAUUUUCCCUGAAGGAUAAACUUGCAUAGGUAAUGUGGGCCCAUCAAAUGACCCUUCACUUCUUGGUUCCCUCUCAACAAAUGACUCGGGAUUCUUGCGAUUGGAUUGUUUAUUUGUAUUUCCGGUCUCUUGAUCUGGAAUCCUCAUUCACAUAUCCACAUCUCGAAUAAUUCUUCCACCAUACCAAACUCAACACAGACAUACAUACACAGCCAAGUACGUAACCCCCCUACCUACCCUUUUGCAUCCCAUCAUACCCAAUAUGAUAGAUCAUAUACCUACAUACAAAGACACAAACAAACAACAACGUGAAUCUCCACUCCCCUUCCCGGUCGUCUUCAAAACUCGACCUUUAUCGAUUAUUCCCGGGAAAGUUCGUGACUAUGCUAAAUCGAGUCUAGGUUGAGAAAUAGAGUAAAGCUAGAUCUCACGACCUCCAUACUCGGGUUCAUCAACCCGGAACUCGUAAUGUUAGACGAAUCUUGCAUGUGGUUGAGCAUUAGCACGGCGGUUGCAGGCGAGACUCACAGGUGUGAUAAUGUGAUUGGGGAUGGGAUUGCAUGGAUAUAUGCUACGAUGGGAUUCCAAAAAAAAAAAACAAGAUUUUUGAUCAGAUGUGAGGAAAGGGGAGUUGCGUCAUUGAGCUUUGCAUGCACGUUCAUGCAAAGCAAAUAGUGGAUUCGUCUGGAAUUAUGGUAAAUAGCAUCGUAUGGGAGGUAUCCUUGAGUCCUGGAGUCACUAGAGAUACUUGGGGUUUAGCUGCUUGGAACUUCAAAUUUCCAUGUGAUGGCCAUCUUUUAGGCUGUUCUUCUGCAUGUGGAGCUUGAGUGCUUGAUUACUGGGUCUUUUUUUCCCUCUCAGGGAUUUGAAUUUUUGAUAUUGUGAUUGAUGGGGAGUGGUUUUUGGUAGGGUAGAGUGUAAUUUUAUGUUGGAAUCUGUUGUGUGUAAUGCGGAAAUGGUGAAUGGUGUUGGAAGGAGGAAUGGAUGGAUGGAUGAGUGUACGGUAGGUAGAAGCUGAGUUUGAAGGUUUAUAUAAUAGAAUCUAGAUGAAGAGUAUGAGUCCACA